AUGCUCUUCUUUACCAGAACCGCCGUCCUCGGGGCGACAUAUCUUCUUCUCGGCAUUUCCAAAGCCUCAGACUGCCUCGACGGGCCGUGGACAAAUGUCACCUCGACGGGUGCACUUACUGGUACCGAGUUCUGUGCAACCAAGUACCAAUCUGGCGUCGUCAUUACUGGUGUUGAGGCGUGGGGCAAUACCAAUUGGAUCAAAUCAGCCAGAUCAAAACCCUGGGGAAAUGGAUUCGGGUUACGUUUAGGUCGCGUCUACACCGGUACAAAGAAGGGGACGGAGCUUGAAGUUGGGAAAAACACUGACGGCCAGAACGUCUUUGAAACCAACGUUCAAUCUGGCAUUAUACUCGGCGCUUUCAGUCGUUCUGGAGAUAGAAUCGAUCAGCUCGGAUUCCUAUUCCUGAGAAGUAAGAUUGACUCGAUUACUAUUGAUAACGUUGUCUUCAAAGACACGCCCGAGGCGUUGAACGAGAAGAAGCAAGGUUUAGAGAUGGUGACACUAGACUAUGCCGACCAUACCAAUGACCACCCAGAUGCUAACGAGACCUUCACUUUCGGAAAAUCUGAGACACGCACUACGAGCAAGGAGUAUUCGCAAACGGCUACGCAUACCUUUGGCUUUACCGAGGCUAUCGAAGUAUCUGGAGAGAUUCUCGGCCUCGGCGCCAAAUCUACUACAACGCUCAGUUAUGAAUAUUCCUACGCGAGCACCGAAGAAUCUAGUAAAGAAGAUUCUGUCACUUUAACUUACAUGGUGGCUACUACGCUCAAGCCUGAUCAACGAGUUUUUUGCAAAGCGGUUGCCAUGAGAGGGAUAUAUAAAGGCGAAUACAAUGCCAGAGUAAACAUUCACCUCUAG